GGACAUGAGAGCGGCAGAUGUGGGGUCAUGGCGGUAUAGUCGUCUGGACGAUUCACCAAAGAGGAGCAUGGCUGGGGAGACAAUCUCAUACAUUGCAGGCUUCCUACCUCGACUCAUCGCCCGGCGCUGAAUUUGCCUCUGGAGGGAUGCUGAGUCAGGCGGGGCAGCUCCGGCCAUUCCUGUCUCCCGACAACGGCCCCACCUAACCCUAAGCGGGGCCGAGAAUUGACUACUGCCGGCCUCCGGCUGGCCGGCAAUUACGGGUCUCAGGGCUUGCAGCUUGGGCGACAUCAAACUCGCAGCCUGCAGAAUCUGCUUGCUUUACUCUUUUCUCUCUCUCCUGUCUUCCUCUCCCCACUCCCCAACUUCACCAGGUUCAAAAAAGGUGACAGCUGCUCACCCAACAGGUCACCUCGCCGCAAGGCGGUCGGUCGACCUCUCUCGGCAAACUCUCUCCUCUUCACAACCCAGCGACACCAACCGUUGAGCCUGCUCACGCUCUUUGGGCCUGGAGCUCACCCCUGCCCGGGAUUCUCUGUCCUCCAAAAGGACAACAUCGCCUACCUGGCGAACAUGUCCGGACAGGCCAUUGCUGAAUUAAACAUUCGCCUUUCUCUGAGAGCUGGGCGCACUUGUACAACUUGUGCCCUCGCCCUGGCGUCUCCGUCGAUGUGCUUGAGCGGUACAUCGCUCUCAUCCACAGUUCGUUAUGUCAACACACUCCCCGCGUCUGUGCAGGCUUCCAUCAAGGAUCGCGCCAAGGAGGACAGUAUUUACUUUGGGUACAUGCGGCAUGAAAUUCAGCUUCCGCAGGGCAAGGAGCUCGCCGCUAUGACUCUUCAGGAGGUGGCUUGGGAGGUGGCGAUCAACCAGAUGCAGGCUUAUGGAUUUCACGCCCGGUUAUGUUGCAAGAAUCUUCUUCGACCUUUCUAA